AUGGCUCUUGCAAAUAGCAACCCUGUUAAGGACUUGCAGGAUGAAGUCACCUGUGCUAUAUGCCUGGAUCAUUACAAAGACCCAGUUUCAAUAGAAUGUGGUCACUGCUUUUGUAGAGCCUGCAUUGUCCAGACAUGGAGAGGACUUCGGACCAAUUUUCCUUGCCCUCAGUGUCGAAAGACAUCCAAGUGGAAAUUUUUGAGACCCAAUCGCCCUCUGGAGAAUGUUGUGGAAAUUUCUAACCGUCUGCUUUUUACUAAAGAGCAAGAAGAAUGUAUAAAGCAGUGUAAAAAACACCAGGAGCCGCUAAAGUUUUAUUGCCAAAUUGAUGAAGAAGAAAUUUGUGUGGUCUGCAGGGAGUCUGUGGACCACAGGAGCCAUGUUGUAUUGCCAGUAGAGGAAACAACCACAGAAUUUAAGGUGAGAUACAUUAUAACCAAAAACAAAUGCUAUAAGAUGUGUAGAAUUUUAAAGUGGACUUUUCAUCAGUUAAACAUUCAGCAUAAGUUUAUGCAGCACUGA